AUGUAUGGGCACAGACCCCGAGGGACCGAUCUGCGGCUUGUCCGGCGCGCGCGGCACACCGCCUGCAAAGCAGAGGGCAAGAGGCGCGACGCCGUUUUGGAUGGCGGCGUGGGGGCUGUCUCUGGACUCUGCUGGAAGCUGCUCGCUGCGGUCCUUGUGGGCUGGGCUGCACUUGCCUGGACGCAGCGGUCAGCUUGCGGCUGCGGCGCCGAGCACAGCCCAGAACAGGCGCUUGCGGACGCGCUGAGCGGCCUUGGCCAGCUCCUGAGCGGCGCGAAAAGUGCCCGGUCCGUGCAGCAGUCCUUUGGCCAGAGCAUGGAGCGGCUGCAGCAGAGCUGCGGCUCGCGGCUCAGCUCGGCUGUCUGCCACACCUCCUGCUGGAUGGCGGGCAAGGAGCUGCAGCGGUCGAUCUGGUGGUCGUGCUUCAGGCGCGGAGGCCACGGCCUGCCUGAGCAGCCGGGUGGCGGUGGGGCAGAGGGCCGCGGAGCGGGCGGGCCUACCUCAUGGCCGGGGCUGGUGGGGGAGAAGGUCGGGCACGCCGUGCGCCGCAUCUCGAGCGAGCGGCCGGACGUGUCCGUGCGCGUCAUGCGGGAGGGCGACAUGGCGACGAUGGACUUUGAUGAGGCACGCGUGCGGGUCUACGCAGACGAGUCGGAUACCGUGACGCGUGCGCCCAUCAUAGGCUGA